UGCAAACGUCAUGAUUUUCCCCCGUCGUGCUAAGUUUUCGAGUCAAAGUACGUAGAUUACGGAAUUCUGUUGAGGAAUGCAACAACAAUGUCUUGUGGACGUAAUUCUCGCGACUCUCUCCCAAGGACGAAAUCGGAGGAGUUGGUUUACCAAGAGGAGACCGAGAUCUUUGCACACGAGAACGGGAAACGCUUAGGUCUGGAGGGAGACCCGGACCUGCAGUUUUUGCUGAAGGGUGGAGAUCUGUUAAAGGUGAGGUCUAAGUCAUGGAAGAAGACCCGAUUCUUUCACCUGAAAGAAGACUGCAAGACCAUGUGGCAUGAGACCAGCAGGGCCUUCAAGGGUUCAAGUAAAUCAACCUUCAGCAUUGAGGACAUCGACUCUGUGCGGCAUGGUCGUCAGUCUGAUGGGCUUAAGAAUCACACCGACUCAUCUGUGGAGGACCGCUGCUUUUCCAUCAUCUUCAAAGGACGACGCAAGGACCUGGACUUGAUUGCCUCAUCCAAAGACGAAGCCAAGCAGUGGGUCAGAGGCCUGGAUAAGGUCAUCAACAGCAUUCAGAACCUUAGCCGCCUGGAGAACAGUGAACACUGGAUCUACAGCUGUAUGCGCAAAGCAGACAAGAAUCGUGACAACAAAAUGACAUUGAAGGAAUUGAAGAAUUUCCUGCGGCAGAUCAAUAUAGAUAUGGAUGACGGGUAUGCUGAGUCGCUGUUUAGGCAAUGUGACACAUCAAAGUCAGGCACGCUGGAAGACUCAGAGAUUAAACACUUUUACGAUUUGCUGACUCAACGUGAAGAAGUUGAUGAAAUCUUUAACAGGUACUCUAAUGGUAAAGAACAGAUGAGCGCAGAUGACCUGCUGAACUUCAUCCAGGAUGAACAGAGAGAGCCAGUGGGUUUGGAUUACGCCAAGAAUAUCAUUGAUAAAUAUGAGGUGGAUGAGAACGCCAAACAGGUGACUAAGAUGACUAAGGAUGGCUUCCUAAUGUAUCUGAACAACGAGGAAUGCAGCCUCUUUGACCCCGCCCACAAACCUGUGUACCAGGACAUGCGACAACCACUCAGUCAUUACUUUAUUUCUUCUUCACACAACACCUAUCUGAUGGAGGACCAGCUGAAAGGUCCUAGCAGCACAGAGGCCUAUAUAAAAGCGUUAAUGAAGAGCUGUCGCUGUGUGGAGCUGGAUUGUUGGGAUGGUGUCAACGGGGAGCCGGUCGUUUACCACGGCCAUACUCUCACAUCCAAAGUGCUGUUUAGAGAUGUCAUCAAGGCUAUUAAGGAAUACGCGUUCAAAACCUCAGAAUACCCAGUGAUCCUGUCUCUGGAGAACCAUUGCAGCCUAGAGCAGCAAAAAGUCAUGGCCUGGCACUUAACCUCCACCUUGGGUAGCGCUCUGCUCACUCGACCCCUGGGCAAACAAAUGCCCACCAAUUUUCCAGGACCUGAGGAACUAAAGGGCCGUUUCCUAAUCAAAGGAAAACGUUUGAAUAAACUGGACACGGCAUUCAACAACAACAACAGCACAGAAGAUGUGGACAGCGUGUCUGAGGAAGAUGAAUCUGCUGAACAGAAAGACGAAGAAAAACCUAAAGGCCAGAAGUCUAAAAAGAUCAAGCUGGCUAAGGAGCUGUCUGAUCUGGUCAUCUACUGCAAGAGUGUUCAUUUCACUAGUUUUGAAAAUUCAAAAGCAAACCAUGCAUUUUAUGAAAUGGCUUCCUUCAAGGAGAGCAAAGCGUUGAACCUGGUGGGGAACUCGGCCACAGCAUACAUUCGUCACAACAUUGAUAAGCUGAGUCGGAUCUACCCUGCCGGCUCCAGAACAGAUUCAUCCAACUACAAUCCAGUGCCAAUGUGGACCGCCGGCUGCCAAAUAGUUGCUUUAAACUUCCAGACUCCCUGUAAAGAGAUGGAUCUGAAUCAGGGCUGCUUCUUACCCAAUGGCAGGUGCGGUUAUAUUUUGAAGCCACCAUUUCUGAGAGACCCAGCCACCCAGUUUGACCCUGUUAACCUCAGAAUCGGCCCCUGGCUAAAGAAGAAGACCCUGCACGUCAUGGUCAUCUCAGCCCAACAGCUGCCAAAGCUCAAUAAGGAUAAACAAUCAUCCAUCGUGGACCCUUUGGUCAAGGUGGAGGUCUGUGGUAUACCAGAUGACAAUGCCAUUCAACAAACGCAUCACAUUCUAAAUAAUGGUUUUAAUCCUAAGUGGAAUAUAAACUUUAAGUUCCUCAUUUAUGUACCGGAACUGGCUUUGGUCCGAUUUUUGGUAGAAGACUAUGACACUGCUUCCUUCAAUGACUUUGUCGGACAAUACACAAUCCCUCUCACCAGCAUGCAGAUGGGAUAUCGCCAUUUGCCUCUGUAUACUAAGAGAGGAGAUCUUAUUCCUUCAGCGGGACUCUUUGUACACGUCAUGGUUCUUGAUGUUGUCUAGACUUAAUGCAAGUGUGCAGAUCACUGGACAAUCAAACUAUACAACUAAUAUCUCCUCAGCUAACACAAACUCUAGCAAGUUUCCCUUAGCAUUGGAUUUGUUUCGUACAAGAAGUCCCUCCUUUGCCAUCUAUCAACUAUCCCAAAUUUAAACUUCAGCGAGUAUAAAUAUCAUCACAUAAGCACAUUUAGAUAAAAAUGUUACAAAACAUAGUGAAGAUUUUUUUU